AUGGUUUUUUCGAAGUUCUCCGAGUUUAGUGAAGUAAUUCGAUUAAAAAUGUGGAAAAUAAUUCUUCUUGCUUCAGUUUUAAUAACUUGUAAUGCAUUUAAAAGUGAUUAUUGUAAGAUGUGUCCGAAAGGAUUGCGGCACGUUGCUUGUGGAAAUUUGGGAAGAUUUUCAUCUUCAUGUCCAUCAGAUCGAAAGCUUGUAAAUCUUUCACCUGACAACAUCAAAAGUAUUUUAGAUAAUCACAAUAAAUGGAGGAAUAAAAUUGCAAAUGGUAAUGAGAAAGGUUUUAAAUCAGCUAAAAGAAUGGCAACAAUGAUGUGGAAUCAAGAAUUAGCAAAAUUAGCUGAAAUGAACGUCAAGGAAUGCAAAAUGCAUCAUGAUCAAUGCUUCAAAUUACCUGACUUCAAAUAUCCUGGUCAAAACGUUGCUUAUCGAGCAUCCACAAAAGGUUUUGAAUCAAUCGAUGAAUUUGUUGAAAAAUCGGUCAAGUCUUGGUACGAUGAAGUUUCUGCUGCUUCACAAUCGAAUAUCGAUAAAUGUUGUCAUUCGAACAAAGGCGUAAUUGGUCACUUUACUCAGCUUGUGACUGAUCGCGCUUGUCAAGUUGGAUGUGCAAUUGUUCAAUAUACGGAAAAUAAUUUCAAAACAUCUUUAAUGACAUGCAAUUAUGCUUUUGGUAAUAUGAUGGGCAGUAAAGUUUAUGAAGUCGGAAAAGCAGCUUCAGGUUGCAUCAGUGGAAAAAAUCCCAAAUUCCCAGCUUUAUUUUUAGCCGUGAUCGUUUUUUAUUUAACGAAAGAGAUUCAUGCAGUAUCACCGAUCAGCACAAAUGAAAUUGAUUACAAGUCAGCUCCAUAUGGUUAUGAUUAUUGUGAACCUGGUUUAUGUCCCCGCAAUAAAAAGCACAUUGGUUGUGUCAACAAAGGACACUUUGGCCACUUGUGCAGUUCUGAUGCGCGCGUUAUUGAGCUGGAUGACUAUUCAAAACGAUUAAUCCUACACAAGCAUAAUGAUCAUCGCAACACAAUUGCUGAAGGUAGGACGCCAGGCUUUCCCUCAGCUGUUAGAAUGGGCGCCUUAAAAUGGGAUGACGAGUUGGCUCAUCUUGCAGUGCUUAAUGCAAUGAGUUGUGAAAUUGAACACGAUAAGUGUCGCAACACGAGAUCAUUUGCAUUUGCCGGACAAAAUCUUGCACUUGGUUGGCUUCUUGAUGAUCACACAGUUGACUGGGCAAUCAGAAAUUUUACUACUGAAUGGUAUAUCGAAUACAAAGACGCUAAUCCAGCAGUUAUUGAUGGUUUCUACCGUUCAAAUGGUCCAGCGAUUGGCCACUUCACAUUGAUGGUUAAUGAUAAACAAAGCAAAGUCGGAUGUGGCCUUGUGAAGUUUACACAAAGAAUGAACAACUACAAUUACAGAGUUCACGUCUUUGCAUGCAAUUAUUCGUGGACUAAUGUUUACACCCUGCCUGUUUAUAAAAAAGGAAAAACUGCCUCGCACUGUUUAACGGGUAGACAUUAUUACUAUCAGGGACUCUUCAAAACUCUUUUUGGUGAAAAUGUAAACAAAGGUGGAUCGAGAUAUUCUCGAGACUAUCGAGGUGGAAGUGGAGGAGGGGGACCUGGUGGUGGCGGGGGUGGUCCUGGAUCAAGAAGGCCACCAGAACGAAGAAUUGGACGAAUAGGUAGAAUGAGUGAUGUCUGCAGUCCACCUAUGGGCGGCGGAUGAGGUUAAGAACCGUGCAGAUAUGAGGAAGAGAAAGCUUUUCUCUUAUAUACUGCACAAUUCCCCGUAAGCUGACGACUAAUUAACUGAAGAUAUCGAUAAGUAAUUUGAUAAUCUUCUGCGUAUGACGAGUUACCUGUAAACCGUACUUCGGCCGGGUAUCUCUGAUGAUUUUAGUGUCAACUUGCAUCAUUUCCUUAAUAUUCUUUGAUUGGAUCUUAUUUUCUGUUUUCUUUUGGAAUUCUUAUGUCUUUGGAGUGAGAAUUUCAUUCAAUAAAGUUGUUUCAAUUUUAUUAAAAUUCA